AUGGCGUGUACCAGUGGCAUGUCUCUGAGAGCAAUGGAGAAGUCACUGAUUGCUUCUAAUGGCUUCCUUCGCUCUUCAGGCACCGUGUCCCACCGCCUUGUGACCUCAGCGCCGUUGCCGCGACAGCGGGUGUCGCGGCUGGUGACGGAGGCGAAGGUGCGCGAGAUCUUCAUGCCCGCGCUCAGCUCCACGAUGACGGAGGGCAAGAUCGUCGCGUGGUCCAAGAGCGAGGGCGAGACGGUGAGCAAGGGCGAGUCGGUGGUGGUGGUGGAGUCGGACAAGGCGGACAUGGACGUGGAGACGUUCUACGACGGCAUCAUCGCCACCAUCCUUGUCGGCGAGGGCGAGGUGGCACCUGUGGGUGCAGCCAUCGCCAUCCUGGCAGAGAGCGAGGAUGACAUGGAGGCCGCCAAGAAGAAGGCCGCCAAGCUCGGCGGCGGUUCUGAUGGUGCUGCUGCUGCUCCUGCUGCACCAGCUGCGGCUGCUGCUCCUGCGCCUGCUGCUGCCGCCCCCCCUCCCCCGCCCCCUGCACCUGCCGCGCCUGCUACCCCAGGGAAGGUGGUUGCAACGCCCGAGGCAAAGAAGCUGGCGAAGAAGCACAAGGUACGGUGCAAUGGAAGCCUCCUCUGUCCUUUGCAUGCAGCCAGGCUCUUCCUAUCCCCCUCUUUCACUCCCUCUCCUCCGUCGCCUUCCGCCCCUCCCUUCCAUCAGGUUGACCUGGCCAAGGUAGCAGGCUCCGGUCCCUACGGCCGGAUCACCCCUGACGACAUCAAGAAAGCAGCAGGCAUCGCGACCGCCCCUGCUCCCACCAUCAUCGCUCCUGCUCCCGCUGCCGCCGCUGCUGCUCCUGCCGCUCGUGCUGCUGCUGCGCCUGCAGCAGCAGCAGCGCCGCUGCCAGCGGGGGCGUCAGUGGUGGCGUUCACGGCGAUGCAGGGGGCGGUGGCGAGGAACAUGGAGGCCACGCUCGUUGUGCCCACCUUCCGUGUUGGUUACACCGUUACCACUGACGCCCUUGACGCACUGUACAAGCGGGUGAAGGGCAAGGGAGUGACCAUGACGGCGCUGCUCGCCAAGGCAGUGGGCAUGGCGCUGGCGAGGCACCCCAUCGUGAACGCCGCGUGCAAGGACGGGAAGAGCUUCCACUACAACGAGAGUGUGAACGUGGCGGUGGCUGUGGCCAUGGAUGGCGGGCUCAUCACGCCCGUGCUCAAGAACGCAGACGAGACGGAUCUGUUCACGAUGUCAGGGCAGUGGAAAGAGCUGGUGGGCAAGACGGACCUGUUCACAAUGUCAGGGCAGUGGAAGGAGCUGGUGGGCAAGGCACGGAGGAAGGCCCUGAGCCCAGGCGACUACAGCGGAGGAACCUUCACACUGUCCAACCUGGGCAUGUUCGGCGUGGAUCGGUUUGACGCCAUCCUGCCCAUCGGCCAGGGUGCGAUCAUGGCCGUUGGAUCAUCCAUCCCAACAAUGGUGGCAGCAGAGGAUGGCAGCUUCGGCAUCAAGAGGCAGAUGCAGGUGAAUGUCACGGCUGACCAUCGGAUCAUUUAUGGCGCUGAUUUGGCGGAGUUCCUCCAAACUUUCACUAAGAUUGUGGAGGACCCAGAUCAGCUUACCUUGUAA